AUGAGCAUAUGGGAAAAGUACAGUACCGUCGGCCGGUCUACAGAACACUCUGUCAUCGAGCCUGGGAAAUGCUGCGUAUUUAAUCUCGCUCUUUCUCGACUCCCCCAUCUGUUCUGCCAUUUCUCGGGUUUCACUAUGAUUGCUGCUGCGGCCCUCGCUCUCCUACCCCUCGUCUCUGCCUACUCCAAGACGUUUGUAGUACCCCAUGUCGAUGGAAAGGACGACUCACCGGCGGUCAUCGCCGCUCUCGCCAACUACAGCUCCGACUCGCUCAUCCUGUUCCAAAAGGGUGUCACAUAUAACCUCUGGACGCCCAUCAAUUUUGGCUCAUUGACCAACUCUGAAGUCGCUUUCGAAGGAAACGCAACCUACCCUACAAGUAUCGCCGCCGUCCAAGCCGAAGUAGCCAAAUCGACCUUCCCCGGACACUGGCUCAGAAUCAGCGGCACAAACGUCACGCUCCGCGGUACCACCGAUCCCAACUGGGGCUGGAUCGACUCGCACGGCCAACAAUGGUGGGACGCCGUCCAGCAGACGAACCGCCCACAUGGGAUCCGGUUCAGCGUGACCAAUGGCGUGAUAAGGGAUAUGAAACUAUGGCAGCCUAUUGCUUGGAACUUUGCGUUGAGCGGGAGCAAGAAUGUUCGUGUGCAUGGUAAUCGGAUUCAUGCCGUGUCGACUACCAAGGCGUUUCCGUUUAAUACUGAUGGGUUUGGCGCGGGCGGUACAAACUUGCUCUACGAGAACAACCACAUUGCGAACGGCGAUGACUGCAUAACCGUCGGAAACGGCUCCAACGGCGUCCACUUUCGCAACAACUACUGCGAAGGCGGCCACGGCAUGUCCAUCGGCUCUCUCGGCUCGGGCGGCUCAGUCGCAUCCGUGCAAAACGUUCUGUUCGAAAACGUCGUGAUGAAGAACCAUCUGUACGGUGCGCGCUUCAAGAGCUGGACGGGCGGGAACGGUGUGGCGAGGAAUAUCACUUGGCGGAAUAUCGUCCUUGAAAACGUACCUUUUCCCAUUUUCGUUACCCAGAACUACUGGGAUCAGAACUUGGGACCGAAACCCUCGACUGGGGCAGUCAACAAUACCCACAUUGAGGAUAUGCUCUUUGACAACUUUAGCGGCUCUCAACUCGACACCCCUUACGUCGAAGGUUCCUGCGUGUCUGACCCAUGCUGGUACGCGGUGGCCAACGCAACCGGCAAAGAAAUCGCCAUCUUCGACCUCUAUCCCAAUACCACGAGCAACAUUCUCGCCCGCCACAUUUCCGGUAUCAAACCCGUCAAUGGCGCCCAGCCCGCUGUCAUGUGUGAUCCUGCGACGGUCGACAAUGAUGUGGGGUUCGUGUGCCAGGAUGGGGCGUUUGUUCCUACCAAGGUGGGGUAUACUCGAUGA